AUGGCGAACCGCGGCGCAACAUGGGACCCCAAGGUCCAUACCAUCCGCGACCUGAUGGAGUUGGGAAGCAAGAAACUGCCUAAGAUGUAUAGGGACUACUACAACGAAGGUGCCAUGGAUCUUGUCACCCUGAAGGACAACGAAGAAGCAUACAACCGUUACAAGAUCCUUCCCCGGAUCCUCGUCAACGUCGACAACAUUGAUCUUUCCACAACGAUUUUCGGUACAAAGGUAAUACUCUGUCGCGGCCGCCGCCAGAUACUCUUCAAGAAGCUCUGCUGA